ACCAUACCACCUUCGCCUCAAACGUCAAAACUGGUGCCCGACUGUUGGGGAAGAAGCUCAAGGCGAAACGUGGAAAAACGUGCUAAAUUGCGAAGUUGUUUAAAAAUCUUGUGAAAUCAUAAAAUUACACCGGUUUUACUAGCUUAAACCCAUCAUUUUGCCUAUCAUAGUUCAUUCAAAUAACGUGCCCGCAUUCGUGCGCAAAUUGCACACUUAAAUCUUUAAACUGCAAUGUCAAGAUGUCCAUCGAUACCGAAAAACGUCGGAUACCAUCGAUUCUGAAACCAUACUCCAGUUUCGACGGGUCGAAACUGAAUACCAGCUUAUCGCAGAACAAGGUUCGAUUCGAAGACUCUUCCGUCGAACUAGUCCUCCACGAGGUACUGGAAAGCAAUCGCUUCCAACGGUACGAGCUGCUGGUGUCGGAAGUGAAGGAGCAGCAAUUUGGCGAUGAAAAGUUCCAGCAAAUUUUUGUGGAGUCCAAAAAAUGUGCCUCACUGCUGGAUGCAAAUUUCGGUAUGCUCGUCGAGUCUCUGCUGUCGGCUAAUUGGCUGCACAGGAAUGAAACCUCCCGAGAGGUUUAUAAAGAUUUCGUGAUCGAAUUGCUGGUGGCGCACAACAACUACACCUCGCUGGCCGUGUCGAAGCUCGUUCAGCAGUUUGUGCCGAAAGAUGACGAACGCGCCGGUUGGUCCUACGGGAAACCCGGGGAGGAGAAGGUGCAGAUGUUUGAACCGAUACACGACUUGAUUGUGAGACUGAAAAAUGUGAUACCGAUGAUUUUCGAUAUAAUACUGGUUCAGAUGAGGAAAAGUUUUCCCUAUUUCAAGAAGCCAACACACGUUGUUUGCGGGUAUCUGCACAAUACGUUGUGGAUGACGGAGUAUUCGCCGAUGUUCACCGAAGAGCUUCUGGAAAUUAUAUUCAGUCGAAUGGUGGUGGUGGAUGUGAAUGCUCCGCGGAACGAAAUAGAGGAUGCUGAGUAUCCAGAGGAUGAUGCACAGAUGUUUAGUAUGGAGGUGAAAACCGUAGAUGGCGCUGAGGAUGAAGAGAACACAGUUAUGAAACUGCCUCUGGCGGAAACUUUAGACUGUUGCAUGGAGAUGAUGUUCGAGUAUAUUUCGAAACAUCUUUCCACGGAUAGUAGUAACGCUGCGGACAGAAUGUUCCGCUUGCUGUUGAAUUUGUUUGACAAACAAAUACUGCCCACACACAACACGCACCACGUCCAGUUCCUGCUUUUUUAUCUGUGCAGCUUUAAGCCUUCGUAUGUGGAAUAUUUUGUGAUGUAUCUCUGGAAGCAGGUGGGCAAUCCAAACGUUUCCACACCAAUGAGGCAAGCGGCUGUCGGCUACAUCGCUAGCAUUCUGGCACGCGGCAAAUUUGUGCAAUUGAGCCUUCUGAAGACAAUGCUGCAGGAGCUAGCAAAUUGGGCCUAUAAAUACAUUCAGCGGGCUGAUUCAAUGCAGCACAACCAAUCGCUGAAGGCUCACAUGGUGUUCUAUUCUGUUUGUCAGACUAUUUUCUACGUGGUUGCGUUCCGCAGCAGGCAACUCACAGCGAACGCUAAGAACCUUACCUUCCUGCAGACGCUACAGCUAUCUUCCAUCGUCACCUGUCACCUGAACCCGUUGAGGGUUUGCCUGCCAGCGGUCGCAACGGCAUUUGCCGGGGUAACAAGAGCCCAUCAGUUGGCCUACUGUCACACAAUUCUGGAACGCAACGCUCGGCGAAAGCUGGCCACGGUCUACAAGAAUGAUGCACAAACGCCAGAGGAGUGUCUGGAUACAUUUUUUCCGUUCGAUCCGUAUAUGCUCAAAAAGUCAGGUAAGCGGAUCGAUUCAAUCUUUCUCAAGUAUGAGGCCAGCGAGGCCGAAGAGGAUAACGGGAUCAGCUCGCCAGAAAUGCGCGGUCGUAAGCGUUGCGAAUCCAUGUCCGAAGAUGUGGAUGACUUUAUACAUGAGAUUAAGCGGCUCAAGAAUGGUGCCUCAUCGGAGAAUGGUGAAACGCAUUUUUCUUACUCCUACGGAGUAUCACCUGGGUUUCAUAGCUGAAAUCGAAAGCCACAAUCAUGAAACUAGCAAAAUAAUAUGUUGUUCUUUACUAGAAUAUAUUUAUUCAUAUACCCUUGAA